UGGCAUGCAGUCCUGUGAUCCUGUGGAGGAGUGGGGGUGGGGGGUGGGAAGGGGGUGGAGACUAGGCAGGGGCUGGAGAAGAAAGCAUGAAGGGAGGAAACAUCGCAGGCCCCUGAGCAAUUGGGGCUGGGCAGCUGAACAGCACUUACCUGGAGCCACUGGGACCCUGGGCAUAAUGCUCCUGCCCUCCAAGAAGGACCUCAAGACGGCCCUGGAGGUCUUUGCUAUUUUCCAGUGGGCCCUCAGUGUCUUGGUUAUUGCAACCACUGUGAUCCUCGUCAACCUCUACCUGGUGGUGUUCACGCCAUACUGGCCUAUCACUGUGCUCAUUCUCACCUGGCUGGCUUUUGACUGGAAGACCCCUGAGCGAGGCGGCCGCCGGUUGACCUGUGUGAGGCAUUGGUACCUGUGGAAACAGUACGGUGAUUACUUCCCCCUCAAGCUUUUGAAGACUCAUGAUAUCUCCCCCAGGCACAACUACAUCCUUGUCUGCCACCCUCAUGGGCUCCUAUCUCAUUCACACUUUGGCCACUUUGCAACAGAGACCUCAGGCUUCUCCAAGAUCUUUCCUGGCAUCACCCCUUAUGUACUCACACUGGGAGCCUUUUUCUGGGUGCCUUUCCUCAGAGAAUAUGUCAUGUCUGCAGGGUGCUGCUCUGUGAGCCGAUCCUCCAUGGACUAUCUGCUUACCCAUAAAGGCACAGGCAACAUGCUGAUUGUGGUGGUUGGUGGCCUGGGUGAGUGCAGAUACAGCCUGCCAGGAUCUACCACACUGGUCUUGAAGAAUCGGACUGGCUUUGUACGCAUGGCCCUUCGGCAUGGGGUGGCUCUAAUCCCUGCCUAUGCCUUUGGGGAGACAGACCUCUACAAUCAGCACAUUUUCUCUCCUGGGGGCUUGGUCAAUCGCUUCCAGAAGUGGCUUCAGAGUAUGGUACACAUCUACCCCUGUGCUUUCUAUGGGCGUGGCUUCACCGAGAACUCCUGGGGCCUUUUGCCCUAUGCUCGGCCUGUAACCACCAUUGUCGGGAAGCCUCUACCAGUACCCAAGAUUGAGAACCCGAGCCAGGAGAUUGUGGCUAAAUACCACGCACUCUAUAUUGAUGCCCUGCGCAAACUGUUUGACCAGCAUAAGACCAAGUUUGGCAUCUCAGAGACCCAGGAGCUAGUGAUAACUUGAUAGACAUUCCAGCAGCCUCUCAGCCUGGCUGGAAGGUGUGGAACCAGUGAAACAGGAGGACAAAAGUCCCCUAUGGUGCUCCUGCCCCUGAUUUGGCCACUCCUCAAUGUGAGGAGGGGCUGU